AUGACGGAUUUGAUGGGAAGAUUUCGGCACAUAUCGAGAGAGAAAAGAAGAAGGUAUCCUCGGAAUAUUAUAAGGAACCAGAAGUACAAGUGGUAUACGUUUAUCUUUGCAGUUCUUAGGCUUCAAUUCAGCCAUUUUUUCAACACAUUUCUGUUUUUUGUGUGCAUGACACAGCUGAAAAAGGAGUAUCUUGUGUCAUCUCUUGUGGCCUCUGUCGGGCCGUGGGCAAUGGUUCUGGCAUUUUCGCUUUUUAAGGAGGGAGUGGAGGACUACAAGAGACACGAGAGAGACAAGGUUACAAAUAACCAGCUGUAUGCAAAGCUCACAAAUCAAGGGUUUGUGCGUGUGCCCAGCUCAAGGAUAGAGGUUGGAGACUUGAUUUUGCUAGAGAAGAACGAAAGAGUGCCUGCCGACAUGGUUCUUCUCAAGACUUCUGAUGUGUCUGGACAGGUGUUUGUAAGGACAGAUCAGCUGGAUGGGGAAACGGAUUGGAAGUUGAAACUGACGAUUCCAAGGUUGCAAUCUGCGGCAUUUGAUGAGCUUCGGAAGCUAAGUGUGCUUGCAGAGCAGCCAAACAAGAACAUAUAUUCAUUUACAGGGAAGAUCAAGAUAGGUAGGUUUUCCCAGAAUGAGCUUGAGGAAGUGGAAGAGGAGGAUGGAGAGGAGCAGGGGUUUGUCCGGCACCUUGAAAGGCUUUUAGAGUUUGAUUUUGGAAAGAUAGAGGAAGUGUCAGAUGUGUGCGAGAAGCCGCGGGAUGUUUCUUGGGUCUACUCUUCGCCCAUUCAAGAGAAUGAGGAAAAUGAGUUUCCACGUGAAAACCUUUCAGGCUCGGAUGAAAACGGUGAGAAUUCUGCUGAAGUUCUGACGGAAGGGUUUGAGGUGGGUAACGAAAGUAACGUAGGAAGAGAGGCUGAAGAAGCAGAUACAAGUCUAAGGGACGAGGGCGAAAAAGAGAAUAUUGCCGAGCCACUUGAUUGCGAGAACAUGCUAUGGAUGAACACUGUUGUUGCCACAUGCUCGGUUCUUGGGUGCGUUGUAUACACGGGGAAGGAUUCAAAGGCUAUGCUCAACACCUCCCAGCCACGAAACAAGAUAGGAAAGAUUGAGCUUGAGCUGAACGGAUACAUGAAAGUUCUGGGGGCAGGGUGCAUGAUUCUUGCAGGGAUCUUUACAUACAUGCGUGGAGCCACAUCUAGGCCGGAUAUCAUAUUCAUUAGGUUUCUUGUUCUUUUUUCUUCUGUGAUUCCUAUUUCGCUGAGGAUUACUGUGGAUUGGGCACGGUAUUGCUACGGAAGGUAUAUAUCUGGGGACGAAAAAAUAGAAGGAGCAAUGAUGAGGUCGAAUGGAUUGCCUGAAGAGCUUGGAAGAGUAUCUUAUUUUCUUACGGACAAGACUGGGACGUUAACUAAAAACGAGAUGGAGAUGAAGAAAAUACAUCUCGGGACUAUUUGUUAUACAAAGGAGUUGAAUAGAGAAAUCAGUAAGAACCUUGCAAAAGUCCUGAACAGUAGAAGUGAUGGGAAGGGAGUGUUUUCCAGAGGAAAGAAGGAUAUUAAUGCAAGGGUGUAUGACUUGGUGCAAGCGCUCAGCGUAUGCCAUAAUGUUACACCUGUUAUUUCUGAGAACGAGGUAAGCUACCAAGCAUCAAGCCCCGAUGAGGUUGCAAUUGUUCAAUGGACGGAGUGUGUUGGAAUGAAAUUGUACAGAAGAGACAGGUCGAGGAUAAUUAUAAGAGACCCCUUGAACGAUGAGCAGGAGUAUCAGGUGCUCUAUACUUUUCCAUUUACUAGCGAAACGAAGAGAAUGGGGAUCAUAGUGAGGUACAACGAAGAAAUCAUAUUCUUUUUGAAAGGUGCUGAUGCUGUAAUGAAAAGGAUAGUAAAAGGUAACGACUGGGUUGAGGAAGAAGCAGAUAACAUGGCCAGGGACGGGCUAAGAACACUCGUCAUAGCGAAGAGAGUUCUUAGCAAAAAGGAAUUCGAAACUUUUGAGGAGAUGUACAACAAGGCAUGGAUAAGUCUAGUUGACAGGGCAGAAGCUGUGGGAAAGGCAAUGGAGAUGAUUGAAAAUAAUAUGAAUGUCCUUGGCAUAACGGGUGUUGAGGACAAACUCCAGGACGAUGUCAAGGUUACACUUGAGAAUUUGAGGAAUGCAGAGAUGAAGAUCUGGAUGCUUACUGGAGACAAGAUAGAGACCGCCAUCUCGAUUGCAAGGUCUUCCAGGAUCUUUCACAGAGGCACUUCAUACCUGGUUAUCAGCAAUGCAAACUCUGCUGGAGAGGUUAAGGCAAAGCUUGACCUGCUACGUGGGUCUGGAUAUAACUCCUUAGUUAUUGAUGGGCAGAGCCUGUCAUUUGUGAUUGAAAGUUGUAUGGACGAAUUCAUCGAGGUAACCUCUAAGCUAGAGGCCGUUGUUGGAUGUAGAUACACACCCACCCAAAAGGCAGCCAUUGCGAGGGAGCUGAAGAACAAAACAAAGAAAUGCGUCUGCUGUAUUGGAGACGGAGGGAACGACGUUUCAAUGAUAACAGAAGCAAAUGUAGGGAUAGGGAUAGUUGGGAAGGAGGGCAAUCAAGCAUCUCUGGCAGCCGACUUCAGUAUUAAUAAGUUCAGUCAUGUUUCCGAUCUUCUUUUCUGGCAUGGAAGGAACUCAUACCAAAGAACAGCAAAGAUAGCACACCUGAUAAUACAUAGAGGACUUACCUUGACAGUGAUUCAAGCUAUUUUUUGUUCUCUCAUAUACUUUGUUCCUGUCGGCCUGUUCAGAGGAGAGCUCCUCAUGAUGUUUAUAACUGUCUAUACCUUUCUUCCCAUAUUCUCCAUUAUUUGCUCGAGUGACAUAAGUAGAAGCGUUGUUGUAAAGUUUCCUGAGCUAUACAAAGAGCUUACUGAAAACAAACUUUUAUCUUACAGGCAUUUUUCUGUAUGGAUACUGAUAUCGUUCUAUCAGGGAACGAUCAUGAUGAUAACAUUCUAUCUGCUGAAGCAGGAGUUUUUUAUUAUCUCGACCUUGACUUUCACAAGUCUUAUCAUCAACGAGCUUCUGAUGGUGAUAUUGACAACCACCAGGAUGACAUCGAUGGUCUUUGUAUCUUCUGGAGUGUCUCUAGCUAUAUAUAUUGUCUACUUUAUCCUUAGAAAAGGACUUCUAAGAUACCAGAAGCCCUUCUAUCUCUUCCUGCUGAAAAUCGCUGUUGUAAACACUCUUGCAAUACUAGUUAGCGUAAUUCAGAAGCUUUGGAUGAAGUAUAUGAGCCCCCCAACGUACUCAAAACUGGAGGUUCUAGUAUAG